AUGGAGUGCUACUACAUUGUCAUCAGCUCCGCGCACCUCAGCAACGGGCACUUUCGCAACAUCAAGGGAGUUUUCCGAGGCCCCCUCAGCAAGAACGGGAACAAAACUCUGGAUUAUGCUGAAAAGAAAAACACGAUAGCAAAAGCUCUGGAAGAUCUUAAAGCCAACUUCUACUGUGAACUCUGUGACAAGCAGUACUAUAAACACCAGGAGUUUGACAAUCACAUUAACUCUUAUGAUCAUGCUCACAAACAGAGACUGAAGGAACUGAAACAGAGGGAGUUUGCUCGAAACGUAGCAUCUAAGUCACGAAAAGAUGAAAGGAAACAGGAAAAAGCCCUUCAACGUCUGCACAAGCUAGCUGAACUAAGGAAAGAGGCAACAUGUGCUCCUGGAAGUGGCCCUAUGUUCAAAUCCACUACAGUGACUGUGCGAGAUCAUUGCAAUGAUAUCCCACAAAGUGCUGCCAUAGAUUCUGCCAACAAACAGGAUUUCAGCUGUACGUUAAUGCACGAUGCACAGAAUUGUAAAGACGUCACUUCUGUUAUUUCUUCCACUUCUGGAAAUGCAUGUAAUAAUAAAUCCGACGCUAACAAAUGUGGAGAUCAUGUUCAAGGAGCUCAAGGACAUAGAGUUGGGUUCUCUUUUGCUUUUCCUAAGAAAGCAGCGGUGAAACUGGAGUCUUCAGCUGCCGUUUUCUAUGAAUAUAAUGACGAAACGUCUAUGGAGCAUGGAUUCAGCAGAAGAAGUAGGUUUGUUCCAGGAUCAUGUAACCUUCAGUCUCCUUCAGUGGCAGAAAUAGUCCUGUGCCCUGAGGAGAAACAUAACUGUUUUCACCCACUGGUGGAAAAACGCAUAGACACAGCAGAAGCUCCUGAAGCUCAGGAGUCAAAAGAGCUUGCCAGUGAAGAAAGCAGGGUGCUGGAGAGUCCCAUAUUAACUCCUCCUGUGUCCCAUUCUAAGCAACUGGUGUCCUCAGACAUGAAUGGCGACGGUAUUGAUGUAAGUGCAGUAGACUUACCGGACCAAACGCUACCUGUGGUUGCAGACAGUGCUCAGGUCCUGACCCUGGACUGCAGCAGUUACGAGCUGCGGGCAAACAGGACUCUUGCACAGGCGGUUGUGGAGGAUUGUUUAUCUCUGCAGGAUGUUGUGGAGGAAAAUGAUAAAGACAGGAACAGUGAUUCAUCCACAACUGAAACUGAAACAAAAAAGCUGGGGGCAGAUGCAUUAGUUCCAUCACCGUCUGAAGAAAGUAGUAGUGGAGCCCCACAAAGAAAACCGGACAUGCACAAGAGACCUUGUGAGCCCUUUGUUCCUGUUCUUAGCAAACAUGGAUCAAAUAUUCUUCAGUGGCCAUCAGAAAUGUUAAUUUACACAAGUACAGACCCAUCGAUUUCUUAUAGCUGUAAUCCUUUAUAUUUUGAUUUCAAGUCAUCAAGAGCAAGUGACAGCCAAGAAAAGCCCGAGCAGCCGCCAAAUGUACCUCAUUUGCACCAUAAAACUGAAUCAAACCAUAGCUUAGUCUCGGAUUUUACAGGUAAACCUCCUUCAGAGUGUGGUGAUUAUGAAACAGAAAUGAAUAAAAAUGUGUGCAACUAUACAAUACCCUUUAUAAGUGAUGUUUCCCUCGUCAGAAAUUGUGAUCUUGCAAAAAAUCAAAAUAAAGUGUCCUUGGAUGAGUCAUUCAGGAUUAGAAAAUUAGAAAAGUAUCACAUUUCUAAAAAUCACUUACGACAAAACACUGUGAUAGAUGAGAAAUAUAACAAAGUCUGGAUCAAAGAAAGCCAUGAAAAAUGGCUUCACAAAAGUAGAAAACGGAAAAGGAGAAGAAAAUUAUGUCAUUGUCAUCAUCAUCACUGUGGGGACACAACAUCAGCAGAAAUGGAAAUGUCCUCAGUGACUGAGAAAGAAAUUAGUUACAGAGAUGAAAAUAAACAUCAGCACCUCCAAAAUAAUCCAGAGAAGUGCAGGCAUAAUGCAGGGAAUAUCUGGCUAGCUACAGGUGAGAUACAGCAGUCACAUCAAAAACUUGGUAUUGAAAAUGGUCAUAAGAGAGUUAUGUGUGUGUCAGAUCAUGUACAUGGGGACAGAGGCUGGUGUGACAUUUGGAGUGCAAAAAAUAGCAGCCAACACCAUGGUUGUAAACGACUGCACGGAAAGAGCAAAACAAGCUCUCGGAAACAGGCAAAGCAGCUAGCUCUGAGUUCCAGGAGGCACAGCUUAAGGUACUCUAAAACAUGUUGUAGCUGGAAAGUCAGGAGGUCAAGCUGUAGCCCAGACCAUAAAUGUUCAGGACACUGCAGUGAGGAGAAGAGUCCAAGUCAAAACCAGUCCAUAAAGAGAGGUUACAACGUUCUGACAGAGGAACCGGAAAAAUCCCACUGCAAGCGGAGACAGCAUACCUAUUCCUCCUCAUCAGAUGAAAGCUCAUAUGGACAGACAUUAUCAGCAGAGGAAUAUCUAAGGCAAGCACGUGCUUUAGGUACGCAUCACAAGGCAAAAGGGAAACGCAGGAGGAGGAAAACUAGAAUCCAUCAUGUAUUUCUUGACAGGAACACAGGAAGUGAGACCUCCAGACCUUCCAAAGAAAAUUCUGCGUUAAAUAUUUUGGGGGACUUCUUGACUCAAGACAGUCUAGAGGAAACUAAUGUGGAUCCCAAAGCUGAUCAUGCAAAAGAUACGGAUGAAACAAUGCAGCUGGAGGAAAGCAAGUCAUCUCUAGAAACUGAUAGUUCACACGUGCUGGAAAACGAUAAACUGACAGCAUGCACAGCGAUGGAGAGCGCUCCGAGUAACUUUUCUGAUGUUGUCGCAGGUUCUGCUGCUUCUGUUCCUGAGCACAGUGCUCCAGCAGCUGCCGGCACACAGGAUGUGCUGCAAGAUGAAAAGAAAAAAGAAAAUGUCAACAGUUGUGAAAAUCAAGCUCGUUAUAGAUUUCCCCUCCCCAGCAGACAUUUGGAACAAGCUCCUCCUAAAUCCUAUCUUUGCCAUUAUGAAUUGGCCGAGUCUCUACCACAUGAGAAAAUAAAUGAGGUGGCCAGCGAAUGGGUACAGUGUAAUCCUGGCAUAUUUAGCAGCCCACCACCCUUGCCAUUCAAAGAAGCACAUAUAAACAGUCAUACCUUUUUAACUACUGAGCAGUUAAUAGCCCCCUUCACCCUGCCGGAUCAGACGUUGAUACUCCCUCCAGAUAACCAUGAAAAAUUCAAAGACCUACCAUCUGAGGCGUAUCAGCAAAUCAUACCACAAAACAUGCUGGCCAACAAAGUGAAGUUCGCCUUCCCUUCCCCGGCGAUCCAGCCCCCAAAUUCCCUGCUGCAGCCCUUACCCUUGCAGCCACCACUGUGUUCUACCUCCGUUACCACUAUCCAUCACACCGUUCUCCAGCAGCACGCUGCUGCCGCCGCCAGUACGUUGAAGGUUCUCCAGCCCCACCAGCAGUUCCUCUCCCAGGUCCCGGCUCUUUCCAGAGCACCUUUACCUCAUCUACCAGUAGGACCGAGGCUUUGCCCGGGGGGCCACACAGCUUUCGUCGCCCCGCCACAUUUGCCGCUGCUGCCGCCCUCGGUCCUGCACCCGACCCAGCUGGCGUUUCCCCCACUGCCGCACACCGUCUUCCCAUCCCUGCUGUCUCCGCACCCAGCUGUCAUUCCCCUGCAGCCCCUCUUUUAG